AGAAAACACACGUUCUUCACUCCCCUUAACCCAUUUCAAACGAAUCCCUAAACCCUAACGUACUUCCCCCAAGACCCUCUCUUGACAAUGCCCUAAUUAAAACCCUAAUCAAGAUCCCAAUAUGGAUCAAUCGAUCACCCAACAAACCCAAACCCAACAAUCACAACCAAAACCAGAAUCAUUCAAACAAUUUUCCUCUUCAAUCUCAAAACUUUCCGGGUCUUCAAGAGGCAUCCCCUGCAAUAAAGAUUUUCAUUUCUACUUCAACUUUCAAGAAUUCAACAACCCAAUUCAGGAAAUCGCUAAAAGAUCCCAAUCAGUUCUUGAAACAAUUGGGUCAUCAGCAGAGCAGUUAUGGGGCAGUAAACAGAUCAACUUUCUUGAUGACGAUGAUGAUGAAGCUUAUGAUUGGUUAGUUAGUUUUAACGACGAGUUGUUUGAAAGGUUUGAUGCGUCUGUUGAUGAGUUUAAGAGGGUUAGAAGUAAAGAAGAGGAAUCUGGUGUUAGGGUUAUGAGUUCAGUUGUUGAUGAUGAUGGGUUUCAGUUGGUUAAAGGCAGGAAAAAGAAAGGGGUUGAGAAAGAUUUUUUAGUUAGUGGUAGUGGUGAUAAUAAUUUGGGUAAUUCUUCAUCAUCUGUGAAGGUUGCUUCUAAUGCAAUGGGGACAACAAAGGCUAAAGUUUCGUUUCAUAUAGCGUCGAUUCCUAGACCACAGGAUGAGUAUAAGAUACUGGUUAACAAUAGUAAUCAGCCAUUUGAGCAUGUUUGGUUGCAGAGAAGUGAGGAUGGGUCCACAUUGAUACACCCAUUGGAGAAACUUUCAGUCACGGAUUUCAUUGAUAAGACGGUAAGUGAUGUAGAGCCUGUGAAACCACCUCCCGUUGAAAGUACUUCUUUUAAGCUCGUACAAGAUGUUAAAGAUUUGAAGGAAUUAGCUGCUAAAUUGCGUGAUGCCAAUGAAUUUGCGGUUGAUUUAGAACACAAUCAUUAUCGAUCUUUUCAAGGUUUGACUUGCUUGAUGCAAAUAUCUACCAGAACGGAAGAUUUUAUCGUAGAUACGUUGAAACUACGGGUUCAAAUUGGCCCGUAUCUGCGAGAGGUUUUCAAAGAUCCUACCAAAAGAAAGGUUAUGCAUGGAGCUGAUCGGGAUAUUAUAUGGCUGCAACGUGACUUUGGUAUAUAUGUCUGCAAUAUGUUUGAUACUGGACAGGCCUCAAAGGUGUUAAAGUUGGAGAGAAACUCCCUAGAGUAUCUAUUGAAACACUUUUGUGACGUUGCUGCAAAUAAAGAAUACCAAAAUGCGGACUGGCGAUUGCGACCGUUGACUAGUGAAAUGCUGAGAUAUGCUAGAGAAGACACACAUUAUCUUCUGUACAUAUACGAUCUUAUGAAAAGAAAGUUGCUUUCAUCAUCAACAGAUCCAAACUGCCCCGAAGCAUCUCUUGUUGAGGUAUACCAACGCAGUUAUGAUCUAUGUAUGCAGCUCUAUCAGAAAGAGAUUCUGACUGAGAACUCAUAUCUAAAUAUAUAUGGGUUGUAUGAUGCUGAUCUCAACGGCCAGCAACUUGCGAUUGUUGCAGGACUUUGUGAGUGGAGAGAUGUUAUUGCUCGAUCAGAAGAUGAAAGUACCGGUUAUAUAUUGCCAAACAAAGUUCUUAUUGAAAUUGCAAAGCAAAUGCCGGUGACAACUGGAAAAUUGCGACACUUAUUGAAAUCGAGACACCCAUAUAUUGAGCGAAAUCUUGGUUCAAUCGUUGGCAUCAUUAAGCAUUCCAUGCAGAAUGGCACUGCAUUUGAACCUGUUGCCAAGAAACUGAAGGAGGAACACAUUGAAAUGAUGGCUGCAAGAAAUGCUAAAAAUGCUAAUGGUGAAGAAGCAACAGAAGUUACCGGAGAUGGAAGUGUUAGUAAUGUCGCGGAAGACGAGACUGUUAAAAAGGAAGUUGGAAACGUUAUUGCUGGAGCGAACCAAAACCGUGAAUUGGAUGGCUCUUCUGUAUCCAGAGUAAGCAUUGAGGUACAGAAGAAGCCAAGUCGUGCGUUCGGAGCCAUGUUUGGAAAUGCAGCAGGAAAGAGAAAGUCUAGUCUUGAAUCAAAGGCAACCGAGGCGAUUAAGGUUGAACAGAUCAAAUCUUCUGUGUCCCUUCCGUUCCGUUCUUUCACAGAUAAAACUGAGGCUUCACAUCCUGCUGUGAAAGAAUGCCCUAAACCUCAAGAAAUUGAAAUUCCGGUUCUUCCCGCGGCAACAAUCUCUGAACCGGAGGAUGACGUUAUAUUGCUGCAAUCUGAUUGCGAGGUUGAGGAAGAGGAAAAACCAGCAAAUGCUGAGAAUAGUGAGCAGAAAACAGAAGAUGAAAACAAUGUGAAAUUGUUGGAUUUUGAUUCUUGUUCCGAUGAAGAACAAGAUGGAAACGAGGGGACCAUGUCGCUUUCAGAUCUUUCAUUGAGCUUCCAGAAAUGCGUACAGACUGCUGAUGAGAAGAAAACGUUAAACCGAGUGGAAGGUGAUUCGGCAGGGCUGGUGAAGGUGACACCGUUUGACUAUGCAGCAGCUCGGAAAGAAGCGAGGUUUGGGGAAGACGGGUCUGGUGGGGAAGAUGAGGGUAAACAGGGUAAGCGUGAAAGGAAAAAAGCAGGUGGUGGUCGUAAGAAGGAGGCUGGUGGUGGUGAAAGGAGUGGAGAUUUCCAGUUGGGUAGGCGGCGGCAAGCUUUUCCUGCUACUGGUAACCGGAGUUCUACUUUCCGGUGAAAGUUUUGAUUGAUGAUAGAGGUUGUGUUGGUUGAAAUUUGUUUAGGAAUUGUUUUAAGAACUUCUAUUAAAGGAUACUUGAUUGUUUGAAGAAAAACAUCCAAAAUGAUUUUAUAGAGGAUAAAGGGGAUUUUUUUUUUAAAUAUUUUAAUAUUUCUUAGUC